CCGCUCCUACGCAGCAUGGCCGCCGCUGCCACCGCCGUCCGAUUCCACGCGACAGCCGCGCGGCGAGCCGCCCCGCGCCGGGUGGCGCGCUUCGCCGUGCGCGCGGAUGCCGCGCAGACGGCGACGGCGUUGACGCAGGACGACCUUAAGCGGCUCGCGGCGGUGCGCGCUGUCGAGCAGGUGGAGAGCGGGAUGGUGCUCGGGCUCGGGACGGGGUCCACGGCCGCCUUCGCCGUCGCCGAGAUCGGCGCGCUCCUCGCCAACGGCAAGCUCUCCAAAAUCGUUGGCGUGCCCACAUCCAAGCGCACCUACGAGCAGGCCCUAUCGCUCGGGAUCCCUCUCUCCACGCUCGACGACCACCCCGUCAUCGACCUCGCCAUCGACGGCGCCGACGAGGUUGACCCUGACCUUAACCUUGUGAAAGGACGGGGUGGAGCCCUUCUCCGGGAGAAGAUGGUUGAGGCUGCAUCCGGCAAGUUCGUUGUCGUUGUCGACGAGACGAAACUGGUUACUGGCCUAGGAGGGAGCGGUCUAGCCAUGCCAGUGGAGGUUGUGCAGUUCUGCUGGAAGUACAAUCUAGUGAGAUUGCAGGGUCUCUUCAACGAAGAGGGAGUCGAGGCGAAGCUGAGAUUGAACGAGGAUGGCAAGCCCUAUGUCACUGACAACUCGAACUACAUUGUUGAUCUAUACUUCAAGACGCCAAUCAAGGAUGCGUUGGGUGCGGGCAAGGAGAUCGCUGCUCUGGAAGGAGUUGUUGAGCAUGGCUUGUUCUUGAACAUGGCAAGCUCGGUCAUCAUUGCUGGAUCAGAUGGUGUCAGUGUCAAAACAAAGUGAGUUUUUUUAGGGGGGCUCAGCUGUUGUUGCUGUGUUGAAUUUAUGAUUUUUCAAUGACAAGCUAUCUGUGUAAAGGAGGAAACUAUAUACUUCAAUAAUAUAUAUUUUCACACCUUUGUUGCUUCUCA